AAUACUAAAGCUUAUAUUUUUCCGUCAACUUACAUUUGAAGAAUCGAAUUCUCCUUCAUUCGGUCUCAUCCUGAAAAAAGGAUCUCAUCUCGUACUUACCUAGGUUCUUAUGUAGGUACCUACCUGGUCGCACUGUCUGUACUGCAACAAGCCUAUGGUGGUCAAAGCUCCUUCCUCAAGAGAGAUCACCACUAGCGCCCUUGGCAGUUCGAGCUCUUUGAACGCGUCGCAAACCAAUCUUUGGACAUUGUAUCUCGAAUUGAUUGAUGGUCCACCCUGUUACGAGUCCCGCUCAGAACAUGACAGUCGGAAGCGCGUCGACUCCCUGUAACCACGAUGCAGUGCUACACUGAGUUGGCCCCGCCGACGGCCGUCAGCCAUGCCAUUCAACUCCCCUUUCUCUCCUCCAAGGCCAACAAUUUAAUCGUCGCAAAGAACUCCCUGCUGCAAAUAUUCGAGCUCAAGUCCACAAUCACCGAGGUAUCCUCGAACGGAGCCGAGGACGCGGAAAAUGCGACCGCAAAUCUGGAUACAGAAGCGGCCGAUGUACCAUUGCAGCGCACCGAGCACACAUCGAAAUUGGUACUCAUUGGAGAAUUUCCGUUGGCAGGAACGGUCACUUCGCUCGCACGUAUAAAAGCACUGAACACAAAGACAAGGGCGGAAUGUUUACUGGUUGCGUUUCGAGACGCGAAGCUCAGUUUGGUGGAGUGGGACCCAGAGACAUUCAAUCUUCAUACUAUAUCUAUACACUACUAUGAGAACCCAGACUUAUCUGGUGCACCGUGGUCUGCAGAUUUGAAGGACACCUACAAUUUUUUGACAGCGGAUCCAAGUAGCAGAUGCGCCGCUUUCAAGUUCGGUACUCAUAACCUCGCUAUCCUGCCCUUUCGGCAGCGUGAUCUAGUUGAGGACGAUUAUGACUCGGAUGUAGAAGGUCCUCGAGGAGAUAAGGCUGUGGAUAGUAAUGGACAAGAUACGCAAAAGACGCCCUACUCGUCCUCAUUCGUGCUACCUCUCACGCAUCUCGACCCCACGUUGACCCACCCUGUUCAUCUGGCUUUCCUCUACGAAUAUCGCGAGCCGACCUUUGGAAUCGUCGCCUCGUCUCGCGCUGCUGCCCCGUCCCUGCUCGCCGAACGAAAAGAUAUCCUCACAUACACUGUCUUCACACUUGAUCUUGAACAGAAGGCAUCGACAACGCUUCUGUCAGUUCAAGGACUUCCCUACGACAUCAAUAGGGUGGUUCCUCUACCUCUGCCAAUUGGCGGUGCCUUACUCGUCGGAGUUAACGAGAUCGUUCACGUUGACCAAGCCGGAAGGACAAAUGGAAUUGCUGUAAAUGAGUUCGCUAAAGCCUGUACCUCGUUUGCGCUCAAAGACCAGUCAAGCCUAGCCUUGAGGCUCGAGGGCUGCGCGAUCGAACGUCUGUCUGAAGACAAUGGGGAUGUUCUGGUUGUUCUUGAUGAUGGUUCUAUAUGGAUCCUUACUUUCACUCUAGAUGGACGUACUGUGUCUGGCUUGACACUCCAGCCAGUGUCAACUGAGCAAGGAGGUCAGAUCUUGAAUACCAGACCAUCGUGCGUAUCGAACAUUGGACGCGGCAGAAUCUUCAUUGGAAGCGAAGAUGGAGACUCUGCGCUGCUUGGAUGGAGCAGCAAGCUUGGCCAGACCACCAGGAAGCGAUCGCAAGCCGAUCUCAUCGCAGAAGAUGCAGGUUCAUCACAAGAGGAUGAAGAUGAGAGUAUGGAUGAUCUUGAUGAUGAUCUCUACAAUGACAACACUGUGGCAGUGAAGAAGGUUACAGCAGUAGCAGCAGAUCCUACUCUUCCAGGGACAUAUAGCUUCCGGAUUCACGACUCUUUGCCCAGCAUUGCACCAAUCCGAGAUGCUGUGAUACAUUCUCCAGGCACAUUGGGAGAUAUACCUUCCACAAAAUUGCCGAGUACAGCAUGCGACAUGCUGCUAUCCACCGGUCGAGGAAAGGCUGGAGGACUCACCGCCCUCAAUCGUGAAUUGAUUCCAGCUAACCUGGCCCAAACAAAUUUGGGCCCAUCGAAAGGGCUUUGGGCUGUGCAUGCAAAGACGCGAUCUGCGAUCGGGCUAGUCACUGAGGACGGUCAAGACACAGAAGCCAAUAUGUCUGCGGAUGUAGAUUAUCACCAAUAUCUCGUGGUUUGCAAUGCAGAUGCCAAUGAUGUGGAAGCCACCGUUGUAUAUGAGGUGAACGGCAACGACAUCAGUCCAACAGAUAAGGGUGAUGUUGAGCGAGACGGUGCAACCAUGGCGGUUGGUACUCUCGCGGGCGGCACUAAAGUUGUCCAGAUCAUGCGCAGUGAAGUCAGAACAUACGAUUCUGAACUGAACAUGGACCAAAUGAUCCCGAUGGAAGACGAGACAUCGGGAGAUGAAUUGCAAGUCAUUGGGGCCAGCUUCGCAGACCCUUACUUGCUGGUUUUGCGCGAAGAUUCCAGUGCGAAGAUUUUCAAAGCGAGUAGUAGUGACGAGGUCGAGGAUGUCGAAUGCAGUGGAUUGUCUUCUUCGCAAUGGUUGUCUGCUUCGCUCUUCAAGUCUUCCAAGAUACCCGAGAUCUACACUUUACUUCUAUCUCCAGAGGGUGGAUUGUACAUGUUUGCAAUGUCAGACUUGGAAACACCUUGCUAUGUUGCUGAAGGGCUAUCAUUCCUCCCGCCUUUCCUGACCCCCGAAUACGCGGCCAGGCGUGGCAAUGCCAAAGCAGCGAUCACCGAGCUCCUGAUAGCUGAUAUUGGAGACGCGACCUCCAAGACUCCACAUCUUAUAAUACGAACAUCCACAGACGAUUUAGUAAUCUACAAAGCUUUCCAUCAUCCGUCCCGGAGUGGCUCAGAUGCAUGGACCAAGAAUCUACGUUGGGUUAAAGUGUCUCAACAACAUCUUCCUAGAUAUACCGACGAGCCAGGAAUAGAAUCUGCUAGUAUUGAAAGAGAAAACACCCUCAUCGCAUUGGACAACAUUUGCGGUUACAGUACCGUCUUCCAACGCGGAGCAUCUCCCGCGUUCAUUCUGAAGGAAGCAUCGAGUAUGCCCAGAGUCAUUGGACUGAGUGGGAGAGCCGUCAAAGGCCUGACCAGCUUUCAUACCUCCGCAUGCCAGAGAGGUUUCGCUUACAUUGACACGGAAGACACUCUUCGAAUCUCCCAAUUCCCUGCAAAGACUCACUAUGGACAUCUGGGCUGGGCAGCUCGUAGAUACCCCAUGGGUUCUGAGAUCCAUGCUCUUUCCUACCAUCCCAAGGAUCUAUAUAUAUUAGGAAUGGGGCAGACAGAAGAAUACAUGCUCCCAGACGACACUUACCAUUACGAUUGGGUCAAGGAGGAUAUUGCAUUCAAACCACACGUGGAACAAGGGAUCAUCAAGGUAGUGGAUGCAAAGACAUGGACCGUCAUUGAUACUCACGUUUUGGAUCCGCAAGAGGUUGUUAUUUGCAUCAAAACACUGAACAUGGAGUACUCCGAAACCACGCAUGAACGGCGAGCGCUGGUCGCGGUUGGGACGGCCAUGGUUCGUGGUGAAGAUCUUGCUACCAAGGGAAAUAUCCGAAUCUUCGAGGUCAUCACUGUUGUGCCAGAUCCGGAAAGACCAGAGACGAACAGGCGAUUGAGAUUGAUCGUAAAGGACGAAGUGAAAGGAGCGGUCUCUGCAAUAUCCGACAUUGGCAACCAGGGAUUCAUGAUCAUGGCCCAAGGCCAAAAAUGCAUGGUCCGAGGCCUCAAAGAGGAUGGAACCCUGCUGCCAGUUGCUUUCAUGGAUAUGCAGUGUUAUGUAACUGUGUUGAAAACGCUCCCUACGACUGGAAUGCUGCUCAUGGGUGAUGCUUUCAAAGGGCUUUGGUUCACAGGAUAUACGGAAGAGCCAUACAAGAUGAUGCUCUUUGGCCGAAGCAAGAGCCCAAUGGAAGUCCUUGCCGCGGAGUUUCUGCCAUUUGAACAGCAACUCCACAUCAUAGUUGCAGACGCAGACAUGAACCUCCAAGUCUUGCAAUUUGAUCCUGAAAAUCCAAAAUCUGUUGGCGGCCUUCGACUGCUCCAAAAAUCAACAUUUCACACUGGACACUUCCCAGUGUCCAUGCAUUUGUUGAAGUCAUCUUUGAAGAUGCCCUCUGCCUCAGAAUUCCCUGGCGCAAUAUCGCCGUCACCAGAUGACAUGGACAUAGAAAUGGACAUCGACUCCGAGGACUCGGGGCCUCUUCAUCAAAUCCUACAUACAUCGCAGUCUGGCACGCUAGCCCUGUUGACGCCAUUGUCUGAGUCAACGUAUAGGAGGCUAAGUGGCCUGGCAACAUACCUUGCCAACACGCUAGACUCGCCUUGUGGACUAAACCCAAGGGCGUAUCGGGCGGUAGAGAACGAGACAGGUGGCGGCGGAGGAACAAGAGGAAUACUGGACGGUAAUCUCUUGAUGAGGUGGGGUGAACUAGGCGAACAGAGGAGACGUGAGGGACUUGGAAAGGUCGGCGCCGAAGAUUGGGCAUUCAGAGGCGAACGCGAGGUGCUUGCUGGAUGGGGGCUUUUCGGAAGCAGAGCAUGAGUAUCUAAGCAGUGCUGCAGCCGGAUAUAUGAGCAUGAAGACAUUUUGCUGGCAUAUUUUAAUCAUUAACUGAAGUAUCGGCCCUAUGGAUAGAUGACGUUGCUAUCGACAUCUUUUUUCAGCCUCAUGGUUACCCUGA